AUGGCAGAAAACAGCAAGUUUAUGCUAAAUGAUGCCUUCCAUUACAAACUUAUAAAAUCCAUCCCAUAUGUUGAACUAGAAGGUCUGACUAAGAUUGAUUGUGGUAAGUUUGGAAGUAUCUCCGUUGCAUAUUGGCCAAAAAUAAGAAAGAAAGUUGCUGUUAAGAGGCUACUUGCUUUUGAGGAAGACGAUACAUCCAAUGAAAAGUUUUUUCAUGAGUUACAAAUUCAAAAGCGAGUGGAAUACCAUGACAACAUAAUUCGAAUCUUGGGUAUUAGUCAAGAUCCAUGUAAUAAAGACCGUCUACUUGUUCUUCAAUAUGCUAAAGAUGGAAAUUUAAGAGAUUACCUUGCGCGUAAACAUUCAACUUUCACAUGGAAUGAUAGAUUCAAAAUUGCUUUUGGAAUUGCUGACGGUCUCAAUUGUCUUCAUGAUGAAAAUAUUGUUCACUGUGAUCUUCAUUCAAGAAAUAUUUUAAUCGACAAUGGUGAGCCAAAAAUUGCAGAUUUUGGGAUUUCUAAAAACCUUGAUACCAUGUCAAAUUCGACACCAGUUAUUGGAACACCACAAGAAUAUGUUUUGCUUUAUCAGGAAUGUUGGAACAAGACUCCACAGCUCCGACCAAACAUCUACACUGUUUUACAAUCUCUUGAAAGGAUAACUAAAUGUUACACAGAGAGUAUAGAAGCUACUUCGCCCAUUUUAGACACCACGUCGCCCACAUCUGAUCGACAAAUAACUCAAAGAAAUAUCGACAUUAAUACAGAUUCAGAUGCAUAUAAUUCCUUACAAUAUAAUCUUGUGAUUCCUGAUGAUAUUUGGUCUUCUGAAUGUGUCAAAGAUCUGACUUUCAUAGAUAUUCCCAAAUCUACUAUGAACAUUGAUUUAUCCCAACCUUCUCAAACAUCGAAGAUAGUCACGCAGCCAACAUUUUUCGAAAGAAACAUAGAACCCUCAAUUGAAACGAUACGUACUUCUUUUCCAGAAACAGAUACUUUAACAACAUCUGGAUCUUCACAUAAUCAAGCUAUCAUAUCAUCUAAGAAAAAUGACCAAAAUUCGCAAAAUCACAAUUUCACAAAAGUUUCCAGAUCGUCAAAUCUGCUACCAUUUCUCAACAAGGAUGAAAUCAGAUUAAAAGUUGUAGUUAUAGGUAGUGGUGCAGUUGGUAAAUCAAGUCUUUUGGAGGCAUUUGUAUUUGGCAAAUGUCAACUUGUUUACAUUCCUACAGUCUUUGAGAAUUUUUGUGUAAAUGUUGAAAUUGAUGGACAAUAUGCGUCGUUGUCAUUAUGGGAUACAGCUGGUCAAGAGGAUUACGAGAAACUAAGGGCGGUUUCGUACCCGGCUACUCAUACAUUUUUGGUUCUAUUUUCUGUUGAUUGUCCCGAUACCUUAGAAAAUGUAAUAGAUAAAUGGGCGGUGGAAGUGGAUCGUUACUCCAAAUCUGCACCAAUCAUUUUAGUCGGUACCAAGAUAGAUACAAGAAACGACGAAAAAACAAUUAGAUACCUACAAAAAUCCUACCGAAAACCGAUAACUUAUGAAGAAGGAUCUAAAGUUGCAAAACUGAUAAAUGCGGUUAAAUAUUUGGAGUGUUCAGCGUUGAAUUGUGAAGGUGUGAAUGAGGUGUUUGAGCAUGCUGCCCGUACUGCGCUUGCAUUUUCUCUCAUCAGGAAGAAUCAUAAGAAAUGUAUUGUUUCAUAA